AUGAAUACUAGAGCAUCAAAGAAACAGAGUUUACCUUAACAAAUUUCUACAGGUAUGAAACAUAAGAUAGUUUAAUGGAUAUGCUAAGCUAUUUUAUCUAUAUUUUAAAUUAUUAGUUUAUUAUUUAGAAACAAGAACUAAGUAAGAAGAGCUAAUUGGUGAA